ACUUGACGUUUUUAGUCUUAAUAACACUCCAGUGUACAGUACCUUUAAACCCUCAAAAUCUUCUGUCUUUACACUUUCUGGUUCAUCAAUGGCGGCGACUACAACCCAUCUUGCUCAUCCACCUACUCUCUCGAAGAACAUCACUUUUCAUCAUUUAAAGCAAAACCCAUUUCUUAAAACUUCGACUUUACCCGUCAAAUUCACUAGAACCUCUCCAAAGCCCCUCUCUCUUACUCUUAAAGCGGUUUUAUCACAAAACCCAACUCUAACUCAAGAAACUGCUCAAUUCAAGCAUUGUUUCACUAAAUCAAAUGAUGGGUUUCUCUACUGUGAGAAUCUUAAGGUUCAGGAUGUCAUGGAGAGUGUUGAGAAAAGACCUUUUUAUUUGUAUAGUAAGCCACAGAUUACUAGAAAUGUGGAGGCUUAUAAGAGUGCUUUAGAGGGAUUAAAUUCUAUUAUUGGUUAUGCAAUUAAGGCUAAUAAUAAUUUCAAGAUUUUGGAACACCUGAGACAGUUGGGUUGUGGAGCUGUGCUUGUUAGUGGUAAUGAGCUUAGGUUGGCUCUUCGUGCUGGAUAUGAUCCCAAAAAGUGUAUUUUUAAUGGAAACGGGAAGCUCUUGGAGGACCUGGUUUUAGCUGCUGAGGAAGGUGUUUUUGUUAAUGUAGAUAGUGAAUUUGAUUUAGAGAAUAUUGUAGCAGCUUCUAGAAUUGCUGGAGAAAAGAUUAAUGUUUUACUCCGGAUCAAUCCAGAUGUGGAUCCUCAGGUCCAUCCUUAUGUUGCCACUGGUAACAAGAACUCUAAAUUUGGCAUUAGAAAUGAGAAGCUGCAAUGGUUUCUGGAUGCUGUUAAGGCACACCCUAAUGAGCUUAAGCUUGUGGGAGCCCAUUGCCAUCUUGGUUCUACCAUUACCAAGGUGGACAUAUUCAGAGAUGCUGCAGUUCUUAUGGUCAACUACAUUGAUGAAAUUCGAGCUCAAGGCUUUGAAAUUGAUUAUCUAAACAUUGGCGGUGGUUUGGGUAUAGAUUAUUAUCAUGCUGGCGCUGUCCUUCCUACUCCGAGAGAUCUCAUCGACACUGUUCGAGAACUGGUGCUCUCACGGAAUCUCAAUCUCAUCAUUGAACCAGGGAGAUCAUUAAUUGCAAAUACCUGCUGCCUGGUCAACAGGGUCACUGGAGUGAAAACUAAUGGGACUAAAAACUUUAUUGUGAUCGAUGGUAGCAUGGCUGAACUUAUUCGUCCAAGUCUUUAUGAUGCAUAUCAACACAUAGAACUUGUUUCUCCUGCACAACCUAUUGUCGAAGUAUCAACUUUUGAUGUGGUGGGUCCUGUCUGUGAAUCUGCUGAUUUCUUAGGAAAGGGUAGAGAACUUCCAACCCCAUCUAAGGGAGCUGGUUUGGUUGUUCAUGAUGCUGGAGCUUACUGCAUGAGUAUGGCAUCAACAUACAAUUUGAAGAUGCGCCCUCCUGAGUACUGGAUUGAAGAAGAUGGUUCUGUAACCAAAAUACGGCACGGGGAGACAUUCGAAGACCAUAUGCGGUUCUUUGAGGGUCUUUGAACGCAAAAACUUUUAGCCAUUUCUGCCGGAGCACGCAGGCUUCAGUUGUGUUCUUAUUUUUGACAUACCCAACUAUGCCGGUUACAUUGUGGUUCUAUAUUUUGUAUCACCAUUUUGCUAGAUGCUGUUAAAACAUAAUACUCAUUAUCAGUGUCGAAACUUUCAGAUGUCAUUAUUAUAUCGUUAGCAUGUUCAAAGAUCCCAUGAUAAAAUUAUUGCUUGAUGCACAA